UAUGAGUCACGGCGUGAGAGCAAAACGCCAUAUAAUCAAAUAGUGACGACAUUAUAUGUACAUAUAAUUAUCUUUGUAUACUAGAAGAUAAGAAGUGUUGUAUUUAUUUAGUGUACGCGUCUAGGUUUCUUUAAGAUGAGUCACACAAGUAUCCACUCGUUUUUCAGUAUCGUAAUAUUAUUCUUGUAAACUAUUGUUAUUCACGUUGUUUGUGGAGUAGUGCGAGUUAGUCAUUUGCAUUUCGCGCUGUACACGUUGUGCUAAUUUUCUAAAACAGGGGACACUAACUAUACCUACAUAUAUAAUAUGGAGCUUCAAAACCAGUGAUUACUUAAGUAACUGAGUGACUGGACAGUAGUGGACAGUAUGGCAGUAGUCUGCACUUAAUCCGAUAGUUCGAUAUAUGUAAAAUUUCUGCGGCCUUGGGUAUACAAAUUAUUUAAGGAUGACUCGAUCAAACCUAGUUGUGAUGGAUCAGUAAAGAAUGAAUUCUUGGAACGUUACAUUUUUACUCUCUUUCCUUUAACAUUGCUCCGAUAGACGGGCACGGAAUCAGCACAAUAUCGACUUUGACAGGUGCUAGUUGUCAUUUUUUGCUCGUCUAAUUGGAGGUUAUAGCAUCAUGUUUGCAACGCUGAAAAAUAAAAUACGAGAGGAAAUAGGGAGUGACGUGUCAACUGUCGUUAGAAAUGCCGGCAAUGUGCGCGGCAUUAACUCGAGGCAUAUGUCUCAGACGGGAUCCACGAGUAGCAUCAGUGGAUCUCAAAUUUCAUUAGAUGGUUCGCGUGAGGAAAAUAUAGCUUCACCUUUACCACCUGUUUCUUUGGAAAAAGAUACCAGUUUUGAUCUUAAAUUAAAUGAUAAUAUGCAACUUUCUGCUAAAGAUAUUAAAAAACUUGAAAAUAGAGAAGAUGAAUGGCGGAAAAGAUUGGCGAAAAAGGAGGCUGAAUUAAUGAAACGAAUGGAAAAGAAAGAAGAGGAUUGGAAAGUAAGAUUCUUGGAAAAAGAGAAAGAGUGGAAAAGAGUAGUUGAAAAACAAGAAAAAGAGAAGAAUAAGAUAGAAGAGGAAUUAAGACAUGUAGAAAGUUCAAAACGUUCAUUGGAAUUGGCUCUUAAAGAUGCAGAAGAAUACAAGAAAAAAUUAUAUAGUUUUCAAGAAGAUGCGGAACAACUAGAAGGUUUCCAAACUCAAGAAAUGGCAAAAAUAAAACACCUAUUACUGGCAAAAGAACAGGAAGUAGAAGAAAAAUCACAUCAUUUAAAAGCAGCCACUGCAGAAAUUGAUAGUUUAAAAAGUGAAGUCUCUCGUCUUAGAAGAUACGAAGAUGAAUUGAACAAUGUACAGGAUGAAAUGGAGACACUACGUCAUUCUACCCAGCGUGAGAGAGCUCAGCUAUCCUGUCAACUGGCACAAACCGAAGAAGAAGUACGUCACCUAAAGGAUAAGGUUUUUGUGUUAGAACAAAGAGUCGCAUUAGAGAGUAAUGAUCAAGUGACAGUGGAUGAAAGAAUAGCUGAUCUUAUGAGAGAAAGAGCACUGUUAGAAAGAAAGUUAGAAGAAGCUCAUCUUCAUUUAUCCGAUAUAAAGACUAGUUGGUCAGGAAAAAUAUCUAGCUUGGAGACACAAGUUGGAAGACUUAGUAGACAGGCUGGUGAAGAAGGUUUGGAAAGGAGACGAGUCGAAGAAGAAAGUGAAAGACUGAAGCAAAGGAUUAAGCAGCUAGAAGCUGAAAUAGAGGUGAACAAUGUUGUCAUGGCGACGAAAGACGCCAAGCUUUUGCGCAUGGCAGAGGACAUCGACGAGAUGGCCACGGAACUAAAAGAGCUCCGGGCCAGCGUCGAUGAUGAGGUGGACGAAUUUAAACGACAAAUUGAAUCAUCGUCAAAGCAAAUAACCCGGCUGAAACAAGAUCUAGAAGAAGCAACAGCAAAACUUUCAACUGCUACUUCAGAAUUAGCCCAUGUUCGUCUGACUCUAGAAGGUGAACGGAUGAAUAAUUCUUCCUUACAUUUAGAAGUAGCGCGUCUACGGGAAGAUCUGGAAUCUGAAAGAACAGCAUCAGCAACAUUAAAAGUGUGCCUAGAAAAGGAAAAAAAUGAAAAAGACACUGCAUUAUUGAGAAACGCUCAAGUCUCCCAAGACAUAGAAAUGGUAAAGCAAGAGAAUCGACAGCAGGAAGUCGAAAAUAUUGAGUUACAAAAUAGAAUAGAAACCUUAGAGCACAAUUUACUAAGUAAAAGUAAAGAAGUAGAACAAGCAAUGACGACGCUAGAAGAAACUAAAAAGAAAAUGUUGGAAUUGGAGGAAGUAGAACAAAAUAGGAAAAAGAUAGAGAGAAAUGAAAAACUACUUAAAAGUAGCUUAAUGGACCUAGAGGAGCAAUUAAAUGAAAAGACUAAGACAAUCAAAGUCUUACAGCAGCGACUAACCGAUAUGAAAAAGACCCUUCAACGAGAGUUGAGAGUUCCAUCUUCAUCAUUGGAUAGCGAUGUUGAACCUUCUGCAGCAAUUCUCAAGCCCAGUUCGUCGAAAACGGUCACUGCCAGGCACAAUAGCACAAGAGACGACGAUGUUAACUUUAAAUACCUUAAACACGUUCUCAUAAAGUUCCUAACAAGUAGGGAAUACGAGGCUCUUCAUUUAACAAGAGCAGUAGCUACUCUUUUGCAUUUUUCACCCGAAGAAGAGCGGUUGUUGCAAGAAACUUUGGAGUGGAAAAUGUCAUGGUUUGGUACACGGCCUAAUUUAGGUUUUGGACAAACUGCCAAAGCUAUACCGCCUAGCUGAUAGCUGAAACAAAUUUCUCUUUCUAUAGAUAUCAUAAAAGUGGCCACAGAUUCGUGGGUAAAAUCAAAAAAUUGGAUCGCGUCGAUGAUCGGUCGCAAAUGAUUAUAAAUACUUGAGAAAUUAGGGAG